CACCGAUAUGAAUGGAGUCUGCCAACACUCGAUGGGCAUGGCCAAGCGACGGUACCUCCACCCACCAGUCUCAGCCGAAACACCGCAGUCUAGGUGACAAUUGCAAGAUAAGAGCCUAUCGACACACAUUUCACACCUUUCGUAUCCCCGCGAUCGUGCCGAUGGCCGAUGCAGCCAAGCCCCGCGUUCCUGAAGCCCAAGAGUUCGUCGACUGUUGAUGCAUGCAAGAGACGAAAAAGGCAGGACGAAUGCAAAGUCCUACAAUAGUCCUUAUCUUGCCGAUCAAAGACCUUAUGAGCGGAUGAAGGCGCAAGAGACAGUCUUCGGCAUAUACAGGAAAGUAUAAAGUGCGUGAUGGCCCAUAGUUGAAGAGGUAGGUUGGUUUUGUUUGCACAGGGUUACUGCGACGAGGCUCUAUUCGGACCAUGCCUAUCAUAAGGAGAGUGUUGCUCUUGCUGGCAUACUGCAUUGUUUCUAUAUCGUGCGCACCACUGAGGCGGGCUCCCUACAAUUUGCUGCAGUCUUUGCCGAAUGGUGAUUUGUUGUUUGAGCUGGGCAAUCUCUCCUACGUCGCCAACAUACAGCAUCCCAAAGCCAUAGCCUCCACUUCAUUUGCAACCGUUUCCCAGCAUGUGAACUUCCCUAUGACAGUGUUCAACACAAAUGCUUCGGUGAUCACAAAUGACGUGCUUGAGAGUAUAGUUGCGAGCUAUCUGGAGGCGGACGAUGUCUUCACCGAGGAUUUCCUGCAGUCCGUGGUAAUCUCUUCGACCGCAGACGAGCCUACGCUCGAUGCAACUGCGAUCAGCUACCUGGAGUCGUACGAAGUCAGUCACACCUUCGUCAGCGGAAACUUCAAGCCGGUCGUCAGCGCUGGCAACUACAGAGUUGCUGCAUUGUCCCUCGACCGUGCUCUACCAUCUGGUCCUUAUAUGGCGACAACAGCUGGAGAUUCGCUCUUGUUCUGCAUGGUCCACCUGCUCUAUGCAGAUUCAUACCGUGAUUUCUUGUUCGGGGCUUACGACUCUAACGACGGCAAUGGCAGCUACUCAGCUUUACCGACAUUCCUCCCGAGGUACUGGAAUCCAAUGAUUCCAGUGCCUUCCCGCAUUUACAGCUGGGGAGAUGACCGACCAUUGGCAGGCGAACGCGUCGCUAUUAAAGAUCUAUUCGACAUCAAAGGUCUGCAGACAUCAGGCGGAAGCCAAGCAUGGGCCUACAUCACACCGAUCGCCAAUGGCACUGCUCCUUCGAUACAGCGAAUCAUAGACUUGGGAGGAGUGAUCGUUGGGAAAUACAAGCUUGCGCAAUUCGCCUCGGGAGCGAACCCCUGGGAUUGGCAGGAUGAACAUUAUCCAUUCAACCCUCGAGGAGACGGGUGGUUGACAUGUUCGGCGUCUUCUUCUGGUGGUGGUUGUUCGGUCGCUGCAUAUGACUGGCUUGAUUAUGCCAUUGGGACCGACACAGGCUCGUCAAUGCGGCGGCCCGCUGCCGUGGCUGGAGUCUACGGUCAAAGACCAAGCCAAGGCUUGAUGAAUCUCGAGCGCGUGAUGCCGUUGGGCGGCGCCACUGAUACGACCGGGGUCUUUUCGAGAGAUCCAUACAAAUGGGUCAAAUUCUCCAAGGCAUGGUACACUCAGUCAUACUUUCAGACCGUCGACGUAACUGGACUCUCGCCAUUGUCAGUCCCUGAUACGAAUGCCUUCCCCAAGCGAAUCCUCUAUCCAGUGGACUACCUGCCUUUGAACAAUUCGGCUGCUGAGGUUGUCCUCCAAGAUUUCAUCGCUAACAUGAGUUCAUUGUUGGGCAUGACCGUGGAAAAAUUCAACUUCACCGCCACUGUUCAGAAUGCCUCGGAUCCUCAAGUCCACAAUCUAACAUACCUCAACUCUGGGCCCCUUGGGGUGAUCAACUCUUACACUCAAUGGGAAGAAGUCGCCAAACCACUGAUCCAAACAUGGGCGAAACUCUACGAUGGCCGCUUCCCACCAAUUGAUCCCGCUCGGCGUCCAGGAUGGCGGAAAUACAACGAAAGUCAAAACACUGCUGCUGCAUAUGAGACAGCUUUGCAACAGAAGAAUCUGGCAGUGGAGUGGUACGAGCAGAAUCUCCAGUUCAGCACCUCCGAGUCGUGCUCAGAGUCGGUUAUGCUCUACGACAUUGGCCCCGGAGGUCUGCCCUCGUUUCGAGAAGAAAGUCUGAAUGACUCCCCUGCUGCGUCUUAUCUGGCCGUGACACCCCCGACCGCCAAGAUCACUGGUGCGAGUAUUUGCCCAAUAUAUGGAUGCGCAGAUUUCACAAUCCCCAUUGGUCAGGUGCCGUACUUCAGCAAUGUGACUUUCCAUGAAGAGAUGGUGCCCGUGACCAUCAACAUGGUGGUGAAGCGCGGAUGUGACUUCGUGUUGUUGAACAUGAUCGAGAGGCUGGCCGAUGCAGGGGUUUUAAAAACAGUGAAGACAGGUCGUACAGCGUUUUGAUUCGGCAUGCUCCUGAUUGGAAUUCAGAAGCAUGGGAAUGGAAGCUAUUUCCUGGUUCUUAUCGAAUUAAAAGUCUACGUAGC